UGUUUGGCUGGGCUUUUAAAUCCGAUUUCUGGAUUUAUAAGUUAGAAGCACAACCGUUUGUGCAAACGCCCUCAUAGUGUCGGUCGCAAGCGUAGCUUAUAAAUAAAACUCUCGUACGCUUUCACUAUUUAUCUUUGUCUCAACAACCAGAAAUGUUGAUCAAUUGCACCAUACCUGUGAUUGACCUCCAUGAUUUCCCAGCACAAUCAUCAAAACUCAUUCGAGCAUGUCAAGACUGGGGGUGUUUCAGAGUAAUCAACUAUCAAAAAACUCUCCCGGACUCCCUCAUGUCCGAGAUGAAAUGUGUGGUUCGCUCGCUAUUCGAACUUCCACAGGAAAUAAAGCUUCGAAAUGUUGAUAACAUUGUUGACAGAGGUUACAUGGCCCCUUCUCAAAACAACCCUCUUUACGAAGCAUUCGGUCUUUUUGUUUCAUCCCCCAAGGACGUUCAUGACUUUUGCUCUAAACUAAAUGCAUCUCAUCAUCAAAGAGCUACCAUAAUCAAGUAUGUUGAAGCCGUACGUGAGUUGUUUGCGGAUAUAACUGGAAAACUGGCUGAUGGACUGGGAAUAUCUGGUUUUACAAUACAAGGAUGGCCUUACCAAUUCCGCAUUAACAAAUAUAAUUUUGCUCAAGCCACUGUCGGAUCCCGUGGGGUACAAAUGCAUACUGAUUCCGGCUUCAUCACCAUACUUCAAGACGACGACGGCGUUGGUGGCCUCGAGGUGAUGGACAAGUCCGGCAUCUUCGUGCCUGUGGAUCCUUGCCCCGGCACACUUGUCGUCAAUCUCGGAGAUGCAGCUGCGGCAUGGAGUAACGGGAGAUUUUGCAAUGUGAAGCAUAGAGUGCAAUGCAAGGAAGGAAAUUUAAGAUAUUCGAUUGCUGCUUUCCUAUGGGGUCCUAACGAGCCUGUGGAAGCUCCGGCAGAACUAGUCGAUUCUGCACAUCCGCGUCUGUAUGCGCCUUUCACUUUUGAAGAUUACAGAAAGCUUCGUGUCUCGACAAACCAGCAGGCUGGUGAAGCCCUUGAUCUUUUUCGCCUCGACGGCUGUACAAAUGGUGACAAUUAAUAUGUAAAUAAACUGUGAAAUAGUUUUCACAAACAUUAUUGUAGAUUAUAUGUUACUUCUGCUGUAACAAUAUACUUGGUCUUCGCGUCUUCUUGUUGUGCUUACAAGUGGUAUUUAGAUCUUUGCUAAUUUCGGUUUCUCUGGGAA